AUGAAGUGUGAGAAGCUCAGACCAAAUGAGUUAAAGGAGGAUCAGAUAAAAUCCCAGCAGAAGAUCCAGGAGAAGCAGAAGAAGGCCCGUUCACAGGCAGCAGUAGAUGACAGUGAGAGGAUCUUUACCAAACUUAUCACCUCCAUGGAGAAAAAGCGCUCGGAGAGUUUCCCGUCUCUCUGUGUUUCUCCUGGAUGUGACGACUCACUCAGCUUCACUGUCAAUCAACAUCUCUCAUUUGAUGGAGUGAGGAAAUCUCUCUCAGGCCUGAAAAAACGAGUCGAGGAAAUCUGUGAGGAAGAAUUCAACAAAAUCAGACCAGAAGAUUUCUGUUAUCUGACUCUGGACCCAAACACAGCACAUCCUCAACUCAUUCUGUCUGAGAAGAACAGAGUGGUGACACGGAGUAAGACACAACAGCGAUACUCUGAACAUCCAGAGAGAUUUGACUUCUAUACUCAGGUGUUGUGUAAGGAGAGUGUGUGUGGACGCUGUUACUGGGAGGUGGAGUGGAGCGGUGAUGUGGACAUAUCAGUGUCAUAUAAAGAGAUCAGCAGGAAAGGAUGGGGUGAUGAGUGUGGGUUUGGACACAACAGUCAGUCCUGGAGUCUGGAGUGUUCUUCUUCCUCUGUCUUUUUCAUGCACAACAACAUUAAGACUGAGCUCCGAGGUCCAGUGACCUCCAGAAUAGGAUUGUAUGUGGAUCACAUGGCAGGAACUCUGUCCUUCUACAGCGUCUCUGACACCAUGAGGCUCCUCCACAGAGUCCACACCACAUUCACUCAGCCUCUAUACGCUGGAGUCAUCAUGUGGAGUUAUAACUCAUCUGUGAGGUUUUGUGAUCCAAAAUAAAAUGUUCGUAAAAGU